AGCGACAUCUCCAACACACACAGGGUCGCCAUUAUCGAUUUGUGGCAGGGAAAAAAUAUAGAAUUAAAAAAUCGCGUUUCAGCUUUUGGCACCGGUUAGAGAGCGCAUCAAACGCGGCGUUAAAUUGUGUAGUGCUCGUGGCAUAAGUAGCAGCUAUCGUGAACCGUUUGAUUUGUCGUGGGGCUCGCGUACAAGAAUUUUCCCCUUGGAAUUAUUCUCAAUCAAUCAAUACCCUCUUGCUUGCUCGCUCUGCCCGUGUGUCUCUCUGUGCCUGCGUGUCGGUGUUUGUGUCCCCCUCCGAUUGUGUGUGUGUUCUGUCGGUGUGGUCCGCUCCUUGGGUGCAUAAUUAAAUUAAUCAAGUAAAUAAAAGCCAGCGUGCGGGAGCAGGUACAACAACAACAACAGCUUCAUCAUGACCAUGGCAGGGCAAACGAUCAACGACAGGCUGCUGGCUGCCCGUCACAGCCUUGCGGGCCAAGGACUCGCCAAGUCCGUUUGCAAGGCCACCACGGAGGAAUGCAUUGGCCCGAAGAAGAAGCACUUGGACUAUUUGGUGCAUUGCACAAACGAGCCGAAUGUAUCGAUACCCCAUCUGGCCAAUUUACUUAUCGAGCGUUCCCAGAACGCCAACUGGGUGGUCGUCUACAAGUCGCUGAUAACCACACAUCAUCUGAUGGCAUAUGGCAAUGAGCGUUUCAUGCAAUAUCUGGCUUCAAGCAAUUCUACAUUCAAUCUCAGCUCCUUUCUGGACAAAGGAACUGUGCAAGAUGGUGGCAUGGGCGUUCCGGGUGGCAGAAUGGGUUACGAUAUGUCGCCCUUUAUUCGUCGCUACGCCAAGUAUUUGAAUGAGAAGUCGCUCUCCUAUCGAGCCAUGGCCUUUGACUUUUGCAAAGUCAAGCGAGGCAAAGAGGAGGGCUCGCUGCGCAGCAUGAACGCGGACAAACUUCUGAAGACUUUGCCAGUUUUGCAGGCACAAUUGGAUGCACUUCUGGAGUUUGACUGCCAGUCCAAUGACUUGUCCAAUGGCGUCAUCAACAUGAGCUUUAUGCUCCUAUUUCGCGAUCUCAUACGCCUGUUCGCUUGCUACAACGAUGGCAUCAUCAAUUUGCUUGAGAAAUACUUUGACAUGAACAAGAAACAAGCACGCGAUGCAUUGGAUCUCUACAAGAAGUUCCUGGUGCGCAUGGAUCGUGUUGGAGAGUUCUUAAAAGUGGCCGAGAAUGUGGGCAUUGACAAGGGAGACAUUCCCGACUUGACCAAGGCUCCCAGCUCCCUGCUGGAUGCUUUAGAGCAGCAUUUGGCCACGCUGGAGGGUCGCAAGGUGUCCGCCGCCAAUACGCCGACGCAAUCAUCAAGCAAUCAACGCAAUGUAAAAUCCGCUGUCACUGCACUCUCUUCCACUAGCUCGGCAUUCGGAACAGCGGCUGCUUCCACCAAAUUCGAUACCACCAAUGGCAUCGACGAGCAGCUCAAGGCCCAGGUGUUGGCGGAGGAGGAGGCUGCUAUGAACCAGUACAAGUCCAAGGUAUCGUCGCCCACCAGCAGCGGUGCUGCUGGCGCUAGCGCUGCACUAACAAAUCCAUUUCUAUCGUCGCCGCCAGCCGCGCAGGCUGGCCAGCCGAUAGUUGAUCUGUUCGGUGCCGCGUCGGCGCAGCCCGCUGCUGCUGCAGCAGCGACCCAGGGUCAGGCCACCACCAAGGCCUCCGACGACCUGCUGCAGUUGGGUAAUCCGUUCGCCGACAUGUUCGAGGCCAGCGCCGGUGGCGCUGCAGGAGCAACAGGUGCUGCACUCAAUGCCAAUAAUUUAUGGAUGCAUAAUAACGGUUUCAAUGGCGCUUCAGUUUCCUCCGCUGCUGCUACAAAUGCAUUCGUUUCCGAUAGUAAUUUCUCAUCCGUUUUUGGUAAUACGGAACCGGCAGCGUCGAUGUCGUUGCCAAAUCCAUUUUUCGAUGACGCAUCGUUGCCCCAAGCCCAAAUGCAAGUCGCUGCUGCACCUGCUGCCGCGCCGUUUGGCCAAAAUAUCAAUUUCAUGGAUCAGCAACACCAGCACCAGUCCCAGCAAGUAUUCCACCUGCAGCAGCAACAGCAGCAGCAUCAGUAUUGGGAGCAAAGCCACCAGCAACAGCAGCCAGCGACGACGGCAUCAGCUCAGUUUCCCCCAGGCUUCGAUGCCUUGGGCGAUGUCCUUAAGCCGGCCUCCGCCAGCAGCAACAGCAACAGCAACAGCAACAGCAAUCAAAUGAACGUUGUCGCCACAGGUUAUGCCGGCAAUAGCAGUUCGAUCCUCGCGCUCCAGCAGCAGAACCAUCACCAGCAGCACCAGCCGCAGUACCUGCUCCAGGGCCAGAGCCAGAACCAGAACCAGCACCAGCAGCAGGAGCAGCAGGCCCCAGCACUGGGCACUGGGAAGAUAAUAACCGGCGAUUUGGAUAGCUCGCUAAUGUCCCUAGUCGAUAACUUAAAUAUAAAUAAAACGGCAAGUGCAAAACCCGUGCAAUGGAAUUCACCUAAAAAUACAGCGAAACCAGGUGCUAAUUGGACACCCCAACCAAUGGCGGCUACAACUGGUGCUGGCUAUCGUCCAAUGGCACAUGGCAUGACCGUAAGUCCUGCGCCAAUCACAAUCAAUCAUCCGUAUAUACAAGCUAGUUAUCCUGUAAUGCCAAAUUAUAUGCAGGGAAUGCCGGUGAUGGGGCAGCCAACUAUGAUGGGGCAGCAGGGAGCAGCCCCUUUGACUGGGGUGCAGCCGACGAUGAUGGCGGCGCCGCACAGUAAUGCGACAUCGGGCAUUAUGCAGCCCAUGCAGGCGACGCAGAAUGGAGGCAAUAAAGGCGUCGGCGUCCCACUCGAUCCAUUUGGUGCGUUAUAAGCGGUCCCGCAGCCAGGAGCUCAUACGUACAACACCCACACAUCCACUAACUCACUCACACCAAGGGCUCUAACCUCAUAGACAGCAAACAUUAAAACCCUACACACACACAAAGGCGUAAUUAAAUAUUAAAUCGAAAAGGAAACCAA